AUGUCCAAGUCUCUGCCCUACUCCACCAAAGAUGUUGACUACGAUAACGCCAAGUUUCGCCACCGUUCUUUCAAGGUUAUUUCUCAGAACUUGCUCACCAGUAACCUAAAGCGUGAUUGUGUUAGCUGUAGUACAGGAAAGUUUCUGUUCUUGAUAUUGAUCUUUGGUGUGGGUUAUCUUAUGUUGGCACAUACGAGUUCAGGUGGUGUAGUUUCUAAUGAUCAAGCAAUUGUGAAAAGAACCAGUUACGCUAAUAGCAGCUUUGUUGAUGGAGCUGGCAAAAUAAAGAGGUUCUGGAGACGGCCUCCGAGGCUUCCUCCUCGAUUGUCGCCGGAUGAAAAGGUAAGUAGUAAUGGCGCUGGCCAGGUAUUGGGAAAUCCGGAUGCUGUUAGGACAAUGUGGAUUUCUAGGCAGCAGAAGGUUAAGGAAGCUUUCGUUCAUGCGUGGUCUGGGUACAGAAAAUUUGCCAUGGGUCAUGAUGAACUUAUGCCACUCACCCAGCAAGGAGUUGAUGGAUUAGGAGGGUUAGGCGCGACGGUUGUGGAUGCUCUCGAUACUGCUAUGAUCAUGGGUCUUGAUGAGGUUGUUGCUGAAGCUGGAUCCUGGGUUGAGGAACACCUUUCUGAGAGAAUUAGGACCAAGGGACAAGUGAAUUUAUUUGAAACCACGAUUCGGGUUUUGGGUGGACUUUUAAGCGCAUACCAUCUAAGUGGAGGGGAAAAAGGAAUGAACAUUUCUCAUGCAGGACCUAAACCAGCAGUUUAUUUAAACGCUGCUAAGGAUUUGGCUGACCGUUUGCUGUCUGCUUUUACGACCAGUCCCACUGCUAUUCCAUUUAGUGAUGUUAUUCUUCAUGAUAAGUCAGCACAUUCAGCUCCUGCUGGACUGAGUAGCACGUCAGAAGUUUCCACCUUACAGCUUGAGUUUAAUUAUCUCAGUUAUGUAUCUGGUGAUCAGAAAUAUGGUUUGGAAGCAAUGAAAGUCAUGGCGCACAUGAAAACUCUUCCAAAGCUUGAAGGACUAGUUCCUAUCUACAUUAGCCCUCAUUCUGGCCAAUUUCAUGGAGAAAAUAUUAGACUGGGAUCCCGUGGUGACAGUUACUAUGAGUACUUAGUUAAAGUAUGGCUUCAGAGUGGAGAUAUUACCAAUAGUAAUACUUCAUAUCUAUAUGAAAUGUACAAGGAAGCAAUGAAUGGUGUUAGACAUCGUCUUGUUCAGAAAUCUAUUCCAAAUGGACUAGUUUUUGUUGGAGAAUUACCUUAUGGGUUAAACAAUGAUUUCAGCCCAAAAAUGGAUCACCUGAAAUUGUGCAAAGGAAUUGACCUGGAUAUUGUGCCACAUGUAUGUUUCCUACCUGGCACUCUUGCACUUGGUGCCACUAAAGGCCUUACAAAGAAACAGGCAAUGAAAAACAAUAUGCUUAACUUCGAAGACCUAGAAAAUUUGAAGCUAGCCGAAGAUCUGACUAAAACAUGCUUUGAAAUGUAUGCAGUAACUAAAACUGGUCUUGCUCCUGAAAUUGCUUACUUUCAUACUAAGGAUUUUUCUGAAGAAGGUCAUGACGGAGGAAAUAAGAGCUCAGAAUUUAUUAAUGAUAUCAUAAUAAGACCUGCUGACCGUCAUAAUCUUUUGCGACCUGAGACUCUGGAGUCGUUGUUUGUUUUGUACCGCAUCACAGAAGAUCCAAAAUAUCGUGAAUGGGGUUGGCAAAUAUUUGAAGCUUUUGAAAAGCACACAAAGGUUGAUACUGGGGGAUAUUGUUCCCUGGACGAUGAAAUGAUUAGCUGGGUUCUCAGUGAUAUUGAAAACUGUGAAAUACUGUUUGAAUCAUGCAAUACAUCAGGAAACACGUCUCAGAGAUCGUCAGUUGAUUAUGACUCAUUUUGCUUGGAUUUAUAA